GAGGCCCGCUUCGAUUUGCCUUCGCUCAUACAGAUUCGACGAAACUUUCCAUUCAUCAUGAUCCGACAGACUUAUCUAAUCGUCCUACUCUCUGUUAUCUUUGCGAUUGUUUGGAGUCUCCCUCAACAGCCUAAAUCUAGGAGGCCCGUCCCGGAAUUCAAGAACAAGACUGGCGGUUUGGAACUUCCGGACAACGCGACGCUGAUCAGAGAGAAUAUCGUGGAUAACUUCUCCUGCCAGGACAGAAUUUAUGGAUACUACGCUGACAUGGAGAACGAUUGCCAAGUUUUCCACGUUUGCAUGCCACAGGCUAGAGGUGCUACUAGAUGGAGCUUCAUUUGUCCCGCGGAAACUGUUUUCAAUCAAGCCACGUUCGUUUGCACGAAAACGGAAAAUUCUAUACCGUGCGAGGAAUCUGAGAAUUUCUAUAACUUGAACGAGGCCAUUGGUAAGGAAGUCGAAGAAGAGGAAAGCGACAUGGUACGGCCGGUAAAGGAAUCGGACGUAGAACCGAUCUCGAGCAAACCUCCGAUCAGGACAUCGAGGAUUUUAAAUCGCAACAAGUCGUCGCGAAAUCAGUGA